CUUAUUUAUUUAGCUUAUAGAACCCGUUAAGGUGCAAUAGGCUUGGAGAACAAGACAAACUGCGUGACUCGGGCAAUGGGUUUUGCUAGGGCUUUGUAAAAUCGCGAAACCUCUCUUCGUCGGACCGUCAAUCCACAGUCAUUUCCUCUCUCUCGAACGUCCAAUCCACGUUUCCGAUUCACAGAAACAUCAAUGAACGCGGCGAGAUCGAACUCCCUCAGCAAGCUCCGGCUGCUGAACCACAUUCUUCAAUCGCCGACCACCAGAGCAGUCUCCACUCUCUCUUCUCCGAUUCUAAAGCAGUCCUCUCUUCUCUCCAAUCAACUCCCGCUACGUCAGCUCUCCCCUUUCUUCACCUCCGUCCGCCAUUUCCGCAACGCUCGCGACCCCAGCGUGAGAUAUGAAAUCCCGCCGCCGGUAAAUUGGGGAGUACGAAUUGUGCCUGAGAAGAAGGCUUAUGUUGUUGAGCGGUUUGGGAAAUAUGCGAAGACGUUGACUCCUGGAAUUCACGUAUUGAUCCCUUUCGUGGAUAAAAUUGCUUAUGUGCAUUCGUUAAAGGAAGAGGCAAUUCCUAUACCGGAUCAAUCCGCCAUUACCAAGGACAAUGUCAGCAUUUUAAUUGAUGGUGUUCUCUAUGUCAAGAUUGUGGACCCUAAAUUGGCGUCUUAUGGGGUUGAGAAUCCACUGUAUGCGGUAAUUCAGCUAGCACAGACCACUAUGCGAAGUGAGCUUGGUAAGAUCACACUGGACAAGACCUUUGAGGAAAGGGACACCUUGAAUGAAAAGAUAGUGAUGUCUAUUAAUGAUGCUGCACAAGCUUGGGGCUUGAAAUGUCUUCGAUAUGAAAUAAGGGAUAUAUCUCCUCCUCGUGGGGUUAGAGCGGCUAUGGAGAUGCAGGCUGAAGCAGAACGAAAAAAAAGGGCUCAAGUUCUGGAGUCAGAAGGAGAAAGGCAGGCAAAUAUUAACAUUGCAGAUGGAAGGAAGAGUUCAGUGAUCCUUGCCUCAGAAGCUGCAAAAAUGGACCAGGUCAACAGAGCGCUAGGUGAAGCGGAAGCAAUCCUCGCUAGGGCACAAGCUACAGCAAAAGGGAUAGCAAUGGUGUCACAAACCCUUAAAGAGCAUGGUGGUGCAGAGGCUGCAAGUUUGAGAAUUGCAGAGCAAUAUAUCCAAGCAUUCAGUAAUAUUGCAAAGGAGAGCACCACGCUGUUGCUUCCUACGAGUGCUGCUGAUCCUGCUAGCAUGAUGGCUCAAGCUCUUGGCAUAUAUAAAAACGUAGUGGGCAAGAAUUCUGGCACUGAGCUUCCUGGGAUCUCUCAAUCUAAGUUGACCAGAACCACCAGGCAGAGUGAUUCAUCUGCAGCCGCUGGCGAUGACAGCUCUCUUACUGCGAAAUCUGCUGAUGAGGAUCAUCUGGGUGACCCUGUUUUCUCUUUGCAAAGCCACAAAAAGGAUGAUUGAGUGUCAAUGGAGAAGUUCUCAUUUCUAUUUUCCUAGCUUUGUGGAGUGUCUAGCAUUACAUGCAAUCUAAUUCCUGAGUAGGUAAUAUGGCAAUGAUAAAAGAGUGCCUAUUCUUUUGGCAUAGAGCUCUCACUUGCAUGAAUCAUUCUGGCGAUAACUGUGUAAUUGAGGAUGGCUGCUAUGUUCUGGAUGAGACUUUUCAGAAGGUAGAAAAAUGGAGAAAAGAAAAUAGUAAAAAACUUGCAGUUACCUGGCUUUAGUUCCCUCCAUUAUGUCUUGCUUGCUUGAAGUCAAGCAAGGGCUUUAUACUAGUUGACUCUUCUUUUAAGUUCGAAGGGUGAAGCAAUUCCACAGGUUUAUUUUUUGGAGAACAUCAAAGGUAACAUACGUUCUUUUGCAUAAGAAUCUGUCUUCUCCAAGUUUUUAACUUCUAUAAAAUCAGUGGAACUUGUACUUUCUUUGCA